AUGCCCACGUAUCCCGUUCGCCGCCGACCGCGCGAGUGCAAGACCUGUCUGCCCUGUCGCGCCAGCAAAGUUCGCUGCGACCGCAACGUCCCCUGCACCAAUUGCGUUAAGCGCAACUUCACCUGUUCUUACGGUCGCCCGCCGUCCUCGAAACAUCCUAUAUCCUCAGCCUCGAUAACCGCUUCCUCCACGCCGCAAUCUUCUUUUGUCUCCACGGCGAUCCCCCCGGCCUACUACCCGCCCCCGCGCGAUACCGAUGACGCUGCCAACGGGCCGUCUACGGCCAGCCCCAACUCAGAUUUACCCGAGGUCAUCGACAUCUCGCAGAGCGAGUGGGAUGAUAUCAAUAACAAGAUGGUCGCUAUGGAGCAGAUCCUCGGCAGUCUCCAUUCGCUCUUUAACUCGCAUUCUUCCCGCAAACGAUAUGACCAGGCCGCGGAUCGGAAAGAUUCCACACGGUCAGAAGGUGUCUAUGGCUCGAAUAUGUUGAAAACCGGUGCCGUCCAUCUAGGGUCACGGUCAGCUCUGGUGGACAUCUUAAAUCAAUCCAAGGGAUCGGAGGACACAGCGCAGGCGCUGCCCCAGGAGGAUCUGCUUGCUGAACUCGCUCUCGGUAACGAGUCGGCCGCGUACCCGUUCGUUGAUCUUUGGUCCUCUGAUCCCUACACGUUUAAUAUUGCCGGAGUGUGUUCAGUGCUCCCGGAGGAUGGACAAUGCCAACAGUUUCUGGGAUUCUAUAAAGAAAUAGGCGCCGUGUUGUAUCCGGUAUUACCGGAUCUCGACCAGCUUGAGCGAAAGGCGAACCGUUUACUGGAGGGGAGGCGACGGGCUGGAGGUGUCUAUAAACCAGAUAUUAACGGAUUAGUCAAGCCGUUCGGCAUAGAUUUGCCUUUUUUCAGUCUGUACUUUGCGGUGCUUGCCUCGGGGUGCCAGUUGUCGGAUAUUCCAGAAAAAGACCGCGAAUUGACGUCGUGGAUAUACGUCUCUUGUGCAUACCAGUGUUUGCGGAUGUUGAACUAUGUCUCGCAACCCACCGUCGAGGUCAUCCAGAUCCUUCUCAUCAUUAGCAAUGUCCUUUCAUAUAACAUGAAUGCCGGUGCAUCAUAUACCUUGCUUGGUAUGACGGAGCGAAUGUGUCUCGUUCUCGGACUCCAUGUUGAAUCCACCGGACUUUCACUUGCAGAACAGGCUAUUAGAAGGCGCGUCUGGUGGGCGAUGGCCUUUCAGAACAGCCAUUUCUCGCUCGCCUAUGAUCGACCAUCUAUCACAAUGGUCAGCCAACCCGAAAUACCCUUUGAACCCAAGUCCAUGCCGGGCCAUCGGACCUACUUUGAGACUCUGUGCCGCGUCGUGUCUCUCUCCUUGGAAGUACUGCGCUCGCGUAUGGACCCAAGCUCGCCACAACCACGAUUCCACGACAUUCGGGAGUACAAGCAGCGCGUACAUCGCAUGCUCGCAGAAGCCACACCCCAUCUGCGCCACCGCGAGCGAUGCCGAACGCUAGCCGAGCACAUUGAGAGAACUGAACUGCGCUUGCACUCCUCUUACCUCCUUUCAGUGCUGGGCCGUGUAUCAUUAGACCCACUCUCGCAUUUGGAUGACACGCGUCGAGCCCUGAUCCGUGAAGACUGUAUCAAUAGCUUGGGCGACACGAUUGACGCAUUUGUCGAACUGCACGAAAUCAACUCCCACUGCUCUCGGUCAUGGAUCAGUUUACAGAGAUCCAUCGCAUCGGCCUUCCUGUUAAUUGCCAAUGACGACGGCGCGCAAAAGUGGGAGCUCAUCGACCGACUGGAGCGGGUCCUGGCCGCCCACGUCUAUGAAGAUGGAGACGUCAGACACAACAACCGCACCGACUCCGCGAAGCACCUGUCCUCGUCGCUCCGUGCGCUGCGGGAGAUCCGCGAGGCAUUCCGUGCGCACAGAGCCGGGCAGGCUGUAUCCUCACCACUUAACCUGCCGUCCCCGCCGUCAGUUGACAGUCCCGAGGUAUCGGUGACCAUGGCGACUGCUGAUAGCUCGAUGCUGCCAUUCGAUGAUUGGAGUAUGCGGAAUAUCUUAGGCCGGGUCUCGGAUGUCAUGCUGUUCCCAAGUAUGAGCGAACGCCCAGUCCCCGGAAUGUGA